CAGGCUGGCCGCCGCUGCCGUGAUCCACGGAGCAAUUCGACACUGGCUCCAGAGGUGCGAGUGUAGCCGGAGACCACCUCCGUUUAGCGGCUCCUGACAAGCGAGCUCUGUAAGCCAUCAAAGUGGGAUUUUUUUGUUUUGUUUUGUUUUGAAUACAAAAUACACAAAGUGGAUUAACAUCCACACCUGUGGAAAGUGCUCCACCGGCAACCACCAGCUCGGUUCCGGUUUUUUUGGGUUUGUUUUUCCUUCUCCACUUUCUCCAUUUGUUGCACUUUGGUCCCAGAGCCUGCGACUCUUCCGCGGGGCUGAGAGGCUCCACGCUCCCCGGUCGUCCGCGUGGAAUGGAGGGCCCCGCGCGGUUUUUCCACCGGGAGAAUGCGUUUGGCUGCUGAUACAGCCCACGGCAACCAGCGCUACUGGAACAGAGGUUGGCCAAUCAGAGGAGGGCGUGCACGCCGGGCAAUCACGGCCGCUGGCAGGGGUCCGAGGGCGCCAUGGACAGUGGCCUCAGGGUCUUCCUGUCCACUGUGCUGUGUCUCAGCCACUCCCUGCUCAUCAGCUGCAAUCUUCAAUAUCCAUCUUUUCGCUCUGAGCCCGCCUCCCUGGUGCAGAGUCCGGGUUCGGUGGCUCACUUGCGCUGUGCCGUCAACCCCCCGUCGGCGGCGCUUUCCUGGCGCUUCCGAGGUGCACCACUGCUCGCCGACACCCUGCCCGGCGUGGAGCUGAAUGGCGAGACGCUCACCAUCGCCUCCCUGCAGCGUGCCCACGCCGGCGUCUACCAGUGCGUGGUGCGCUCGGACCACGGGCUGGCCGUCGCCAGCCGGUACGCACGCGUGGCCCUGGCAGAGAUCUCGGAGUACCAAGACAGCCGGCGGCGCACGCUGUCCGUCCAGGAAGGCAGCGCAGCAAUCAUCGAGUGUCCUCUGCCCCGUAGCGUUCCGCCAGCCUUCCCCAGGCUACGAUUGCGAGGCGAGCACGUGGAGGCGUCCACAGACGGCUAUUUAGUUCUUCCGUCCGGCAACCUCCAGUUCCUGUCCGUCUCUGCGCAUCAUCAGGGUGUUUACAAGUGUGGCUCAUACAAUCCCGUCACGGAGGAAACCGUCACGCAGACCCAUGGUACCAAACUUUUGGUCCGACCUGCAGACUCCCCCUCCUCUCCAUUGAGGAUAGUUUACCCUACCGGCCCUGUGAAUGUGACACUGCAGCAGGCCCAGUCGUACACGUUGGAGUGCGUCAUUUCUGCAAGUCCGGCGCCGUCAUCCACGUGGUUCAAGAAUGGCAAACGUGUCCAACUGGGGCAUUCGCUGCAAAGCCUGCAUGGUAAUCUGGAAUUUGUUAACGUGACGCCGGACAACGCCGGGGUGUACGUCUGCGCGGUUGAGAGCGAGCAAGGGACGGUUAUGAGUGCCAGCUAUACCGUCGAUGUUCUUGAACCCGCAUCCAUCUUGGAGGGCCUCACCGACCUGCAGCGUGCCUCUCCCGGCUCCACCAUUCAUUUCAGUUGCAGUGCCGCUGGAAACCCCGCCCCCAACGUCACCUGGCUGUUCAACGGUGAGCCCGUGGUCCCCUCGCACCGCGUUCGGGUCUCCGGAGGCCAGCUUGUCAUCGCAGGUGUGGUGCCGCUGGACCAAGGCCUGUACCAAUGUCUGCUGGACAACGGCGUCGGAUCAGCGCAGUCGUCGGGAAUGCUGAGGGUGCACUCGGAACUGAACUCCGACAUCGACGUUUGGCCCUCGCUGCCGCCCAUGCAGAGCGACGAGGGCAGCGAGAGCGUCCUGACGGAGGAAGAAGAGGACGCGGGCGAGCCGCCGUCCGAGGGGGGCGGCGACCGUCUCACGCCCGACGCGCCUAUCAUCACCAGCCCGCCCCAGACUCACAAACCCGACGUGUACGACCUGGAGUGGAGGGCGGGGCCUGAUGGCGGGAGCCCCAUCAACGCCUAUUUUGUCAAAUAUCGUAAGGUGGAUGAGAUGGCCACGGUGAUGGAGAGCUGGCUGACGGUGCGAGUGCCCGGCAGCGAGCGCUCUCUGCGUCUCUCCGAGCUGGAGGCGUCCAGUCUGUACGAGGUGCUCAUGGUGGCCCGGAGCUCGGCGGGUGAGGGCCAGCCGGCCAUGCUCACCUUUCGCACUGGAAAAGAAAAGAGCGCCUCGUCCAACAAGAAUCCCUCGAACAAGCCUCCCGUCGUACUGAUGCCGCCCAAAGCACCCGAGGACAAAACGCCCAAUACGCACUUCGGAGUGGUGAUCCACGACAGAGUGCCCGAGGCUCCCGACCGGCCCACCAUUUCCAUGGCCACCGAGAGCUCCGUCUACGUCACCUGGAUCCCCAGAGCCAACGGCGGCUCUCCCAUCACGGCAUUCCGCGUGGAGUACAAGCGCAGCCGCAGCGCCGAGUGGGGAGUGGCGGCCGACAACAUCUCGCCGCUCAAGUUGUCGGUGGAAGUUCGCAAUCUGGAGCCUGGCGCCACCUACAGGUUCCGCGUGGCGGCGAUGAAUUUAUAUGGCGAGAGUCCUCACAGCAUGGCGUCAAGGCCGUACCAGGUGCCGCAAGCCAGUCCCCGCAUGGCCGACCGGCCCGUGGUGGGACCGCACAUCUCCGCUACCGACGCCAUCAGCGACACGCAGAUCAUGCUACGUUGGACUUACAGUCCCUCAAGUAACAACAACACUCCCAUCCAAGGUUUCUACAUCUACUACCGGCCCACUGACAGCGACAACGACAGUGACUACAAGCGCGAUGUGGUGGAAGGUGUGAAAGACUGGCACAUGAUUGGUCACUUGCAGGCUGAGACAUCGUACGACAUCAAGAUGCAGUGCUUCAACGACGGCGGCGAGAGUGACUACAGCAACGUCAUGAUCUGUGAGACCAGAGCUCGCCAGUCUCCGGGCUCGCCCAGUCAGCGGCCUGUCACGCCACUAUGGCCUCACCCACAGGAGCCUGCCGGCCCGCCCGGGGGGCUGCUGUACCUCAUCGUGGGCUGCGUGCUGGGCGUGAUGGUCCUCAUCCUGCUGUCCUUCAUCGCCAUGUGCCUUUGGAAGAACCGCCAGCACAACAACAUGAACAAAUACGACCCUCCAGGUUACUUGUACCAGCCGGCAGACAUGAACGGACACGUUUUGGAGUACACUGCUUUGGCAGGCACCGGCCGCCUGAAUGGCGGCAUCCAUGGUGGCUACGGGCACAGCGGGGGCGGCGGCAUGUUGCCCCCGGGGUGCCACCACCUGCACCACAAACAUCCCAACGGCCUGCCACUACACAACGGCAACGGCAACCUCUACCCGGGCGGACACACGCACGGCCACGACGGCACCCUGCCAUACCCUCACCACCACCACAAUGGAGGCGGCAUGUAUACAGCUCUUCCCCAGUUGGAAUCUUCAGACUGUAUGAGCUGUCAGAACCUGUGCAACAAUAACAGGUGUUACAACAAGACCAAUGGCGUACUACCAGGUGGGACGCUUCCCCUCAUGCACCGAGUGGCGUCCUGCCAGCAGGACGGUCUGGAGAUGGUUCCUCUGGGCCGGGCGGAGUCGUCUCCGUGCCGCCACCGCCGCCCUCCGUCCGGCGGCCCAGCGGGCGAGCGUCAGGCCGCCAUCGACGACCUCGACGCGGCGCACACCCCCGACGAGCACCGAGAGUCGUCGCCUUCGCAACGUUCAUGUUGUCUCGACGGAGACAACACAGACUGUCCGGCGGACGACACAGCAGAGGAAGACCUGGAUGUCGUGGAUCAGGACGGUCCGGUCCUGUGUUGGGACAGACUGGGCCUUCCGGACUCAGACUGUGACGAAAAGCCCGGUUGGAUGUCCGGCGGAGGUGAGCUCAUCCAGGCCAGCCUGCAGGAGGUCUGAAGUUCCUGCGACAUGGCGGGUGGAUUGCUGGAGCUACUGUGGCGAUGUCACAAAGAGGACCUGAGAGAGGACAGUCCGAGGACAUGAAAGAAGACGGUCGAUCGGACCUUUGAGAGGACUUUGUGCGAUAUGGACGACAAAUUGUCGCGGCGACCGCAGACUGAGACAAAACUCCUAAAGACUCUUUAGAUGACUUAUUUAUUUUUUUCUGGUAGUAAACUAUUAUUUCAUAUGAAUGUAUCUGUGUCAAAGAACAAAGUUGUCAGUCUUUUAUAUUAUUAUUUAUGCUUUUGUUUUGUUUUUUUGGUUUGCCUGAGAACUGUCUUGUGUUUUGGAGAUUUAGCGACUUGUAAAGUUUUGUAAUAAUAUAAAGAGAAGAUAUGGAAGAGUAA